AGAAUGGCUCGAUUUGAAGACGAUCUUCCGACCCGGUAUGGAGGCGGUGGCUCCCCAGCGGGUCAAGGCAGAGGUGCAAGCCGGCCGCCAGGCCCCUCGGGCGGACCGAGAGUGUAUAAGCAAACAAUGGCUCAAAGAGCCCGGACAAUGGCCAUAUACAACCCGAUACCAGUCAAACAGAACUGCCUCACAGUCAACAGAUCCCUGUUCAUCUUUAGCGAAGAUAAUAUAAUUCGGAAAUAUGCGAAGAAAAUAACAGAGUGGCCUCCAUUUGAGUACCUGAUUCUUGCCACCAUCAUAGCAAACUGUAUUGUACUGGGCUUAGAACAGCAUUUACCAGCUUUAGACAAGACACCCAUGUCAAAGCGACUGGAUGACACAGAACCCUACUUCAUCGGAAUAUUUUGUUUCGAGGCUGGGAUCAAGAUCAUCGCUCUAGGCUUUGCUUUUCAUAAAGGCUCCUACCUCCACAACGGGUGGAAUGUUAUGGAUUUUGUUGUAGUGUUGACAGGAAUUCUGACCGUUGUGGGGCCAGACUUUGAUUUGCGGACACUCAGGGCAGUGAGAGUGUUGCGGCCACUCAAACUGGUGUCUGGAAUUCCCAGUCUCCAAGUUGUUCUGAAGUCCAUCAUGAAAGCGAUGGUCCCUCUGCUUCAGAUAGGCCUUCUGCUCUUCUUUGCUAUCCUCAUGUUUGCCAUCAUUGGUCUAGACUUCUACAUGGGCAAGUUCCACCGUGCCUGCUUCAGAAUCGAUACCGGGGAACAGGCGGCCGAAUUCCCCUGUGGGACAGAACCACCUGCGCUGAUGUGUGAGAAUGGUACCAUUUGUCGGGAAUACUGGAUCGGCCCAAACUUUGGUAUUACUAACUUCGACAACAUCCUGUUUGCUGUGCUCACUGUCUUCCAGUGCAUCACUAUGGAGGGAUGGGUGGACAUCCUUUACAAUGCCAACGAUGCAUCAGGGAACACCUGGAACUGGCUCUACUUCAUCCCGCUCAUCAUCAUAGGCUCUUUCUUCAUGCUUAAUCUGGUUCUGGGGGUGCUGUCAGGAGAGUUUGCAAAAGAGCGAGAGCGUGUGGAGAAAAGGCAGGAGUUCCUGAAGAUGCGCAGACAGCAGCAGAUUGAGAAAGAGCUGAUUGGCUAUCUGGAGUGGAUCUGCAAGGCAGAGGAAGUAAUGCUUGCUGAGGAAGAUAAGAAUGCAGAAGAGAAGGAGGAUGGUUCCUGGUACAAGAGGAAAUGCAACAACCCAGUACUGAAGAGAGCAAAGAAGAGCAAAAAUGACCUCAUCAACGCAGAGGAGGGGGAAGACCACUUCACUGAUAUCUUGUCCGUCGCUCCCCAUGGCUCUCCAUUCACUCGUAUGAGUGUGAAGAGUAGCAAGAAUGAGAGCUCAUCAUACUUUCACAGAAAAGAGAAGAGGUUACGGUUCUUCAUCCGUCGCAUGGUGAAGGCCCAGAGCUUCUACUGGACUGUUCUGUGUAUAGUGGGACUGAACACACUGUGUGUGGCUAUAGUCCAUUAUAAUCAGCCUGACUGGCUCACAUAUGCACUGUAUUUGGCAGAGUUUGUGUUCCUUGGACUGUUUCUAAUAGAGAUGAGUCUGAAGAUGUAUGGCCUUGGGCCCAGGACCUACUUUCACUCCUCAUUUAACUGCUUCGACUUUGGGGUUAUUGUGGGAAGCAUUUUUGAGGUGAUUUGGGCAGCAGUAAAACCAGGAGCCUCUUUUGGCAUCAGUGUUUUGCGAGCACUACGUUUGCUGAGGAUAUUCAAAGUUACAAAGUAUUGGAACUCCUUGCGAAAUUUGGUGGUGUCUCUGCUCAACUCAAUGAAGUCCAUCAUCAGUCUCCUGUUCCUGCUCUUCCUCUUCAUCGUUGUGUUUGCUCUCCUGGGAAUGCAGCUCUUCGGAGGACAAUUCAAUUUCGAAGAUGAGACCCCGACUACCAACUUUGACACGUUCCCAGCUGCUAUUCUUACAGUGUUUCAGAUUCUGACUGGAGAGGACUGGAAUGCUGUGAUGUAUCAUGGAAUCAAGUCCCAGGGAGGAGUGCACAGAGGAAUGUUCUGCUCUGUGUACUUCAUUGUGCUCACGCUGUUUGGAAACUACACUCUCCUCAAUGUCUUUUUGGCCAUCGCUGUUGAUAACCUUGCCAAUGCACAAGAACUCACCAAGGAUGAGGAGGAACAGGAGGAGGCCAUCAGUAAGAAAUUGGCUCUACAGAAAGCCAAGGAGGUAAAGGAGGUCAGCCCCAUGUCGGCUACCAACAUUUCCAUCACAGCUUUUUUAAGGCCAAAACCUGGUGCUCUUUCAUGCAGCUCCUCCAACUCCAGCUCUCAUUCACCUAUAGAGCAGCAGCGCUCCCUGAAGAUGAUGUCUGUGUGGGAGCAGCGCACCUCCCAGAUCCGCAAGCACAUGCAGGCCAGCAGCGAGGCGUUGUACCAAGAGGAGCUCAAUGCUCGCCUGACCUCCAACCUUCACCUUUGCCCUGACAUCAAGACCCACUUGGACCGACCUCUGGUGGUGGAACCUCACUGCGAUGGCCCCAUCAGCUCCAAAAGAGGCUGGGACAAGCCACAGGAACUGCAAAGGGAGGUUGGCACAGUGGAUGAAAGACAUCCCCCUGUGAUGGAACCCUCACAGUCCCACCCACCACACAAGCACCACCAUCACAGGGAGCGGCCUUCCAAUGAGACCAAUGAGAACAAGGACACAGGCCACAGCAAAGAGGGCAGACAUCACGUUCAUCACAGCAGUAGUAAAGAGCAUGAUGGGACAUGGUGUAAGGAGGGUAAGAGUGACAGGAGCCAGAGCCGAGAGGGGGGGUGCAGACAUAACCACCAGAGGUCGGUGGAUGAGGGAGGGGGUGAGAGAGAACAUCGGCAUCAUCAUUCCCACAGACACAACAGGGAGGGCAACGGAGUGGUCAGUGCUGGGGGGAAGAGUGAAAGGAGGUCCAGGCAUAAGGAGGGCUCACAUUCAGGAACAAGGGAAGGGGUGAGGUGCUCCAGAGGGGAGAAUGGAGGUAACAGAGGGAGGAGACGGCACAGGCCACACACCAGUAAAGCUCAGUCCACGCUAGAGGGAGAGGAACAACUAGGGAAUGGAGAGAAUGAGGAGGGCAAGUCACACAGCCACAGGCACAUGGACAUGGGAGGAGAUUCACUGGCUGUCAACCCUCAUCAGCCUCCGGUCAGGAACAGAUGGUGUCUUGAGAAACCAGAAGACUCUGACAACAAGAGGAAUGUCGGUCAGACUGGAGGAAUGAACACACACAUUCCUGUGACCAUCACAUCUCCUCCAGGAGAGACAACCCUCAUACCCAUGAACAGUAUAGACAGUGAGACAAUGCCCAUGACUGAGAAGAAUCUGGAGGAUCUGAACCAGAGCAGCCCUCGUCCCAUCCUACCUUUCAGCUCAAUGUUCAUCUUCAGCCCAACCAAUCCUGUGAGGCGUCUGUGUCACUACAUUGUCAGUCUACGUUACUUUGAGAUGUGUAUCCUGGUGGUCAUUUCCAUGAGCAGUAUAGCCCUGGCUGCCGAGGACCCAGUCCAAGCCAAUGCCCCUCGUAACAAUGUGCUGAAGUAUUUGGACUAUGUCUUCACUGGUGUUUUCACAUUUGAGAUGGUCAUUAAGAUGGUGGAUUUAGGUUUAAUACUGCAUCCCAGUUCCUACUUCAGAGAUCUGUGGAAUAUUCUGGACUUCAUUGUGGUCAGUGGUGCACUGGUGGCAUUUGCAUUCUCGAGCUUCAUGGGAUCACAUCAAAGCGUAAACAGAGGGACAAAGGGUAAAGAUAUCAACACCAUCAAGUCCCUGAGGGUGUUGCGAGUCUUGCGGCCUUUGAAGACCAUUAAACGUCUACCAAAACUGAAGGCUGUGUUCGACUGUGUGGUGAACUCCUUGAAGAACGUGUUAAAUAUCCUCAUUGUCUACAUCCUGUUCAUGUUCAUCUUCGCUGUCAUUGCUGUGCAGCUCUUCAAGGGCAAGUUUUUCUACUGCACAGAUGAGUCCAAGAGCCUGGAGAAAGACUGCAGUGGGCUGUUCUUAGAUUAUGAAAAUGAUGGGGUGGCAGCCCAGCCCAGGGUCUGGAGGAAAUAUGACUUCCACUAUGACAAUGUGUUGUGGGCAUUUCUUACACUCUUUACUGUUUCUACUGGAGAGGGGUGGCCCACGGUUUUAAAACACUCUGUGGAUGCCACAUUUGAGGACCAGGGUCCCAAUCCAGGCUACCGCAUUGAGAUGUCAAUCUUCUACGUGGUCUACUUUGUGGUCUUUCCCUUCUUCUUUGUCAACAUUUUCGUGGCCUUGAUAAUCAUCACAUUCCAGGAACAGGGUGAUAAGGCCUUGUCAGAUUGCAGUCUGGAGAAAAAUGAGAGAGCCUGCAUCGACUUUGCUAUCAACGCCAAGCCUCUGACCCGUUAUAUGCCACAGAACCAGCAGUCGUUUCAGUACCGUUUGUGGAAGUUUGUCGUCUCUCCACCGUUUGAGUACUCCAUCAUGAUCUUGAUCGCUCUCAACACCUUGGUGCUCAUGAUGAAGUUCUACAAGGCACCUGACUUCUACGAGGCGAUGCUGAAGUAUCUCAAUGUUGUCUUCACUGCUCUUUUUUCAAUGGAGUGUGUUCUCAAAAUUAUUGCUUUUGGCCCCUUGAAUUACCUGAAAGAUGCCUGGAAUGUGUUUGAUUUUGUGACUGUGCUGGGAAGCAUCACUGACAUCUUAGUCACUGAAAUUAACGACCGUCUGCUGAACCUGAGCUUCCUGAGGCUCUUCAGAGCAGCCAGGCUCAUCAAGCUCCUCCGACAGGGAUACACCAUCCGCAUCCUACUCUGGACCUUUGUCCAGUCUUUUAAGGCCCUACCUUAUGUUUGCCUUCUAAUCGCCAUGCUGUUUUUCAUCUACGCCAUCAUUGGAAUGCAGUUGUUUGGAAACAUUGAACUGAACGAAGACACUGCCAUCAAUCAUCACAACAACUUUCGCACUUUCCUCCAAGCGCUUAUGCUGCUGUUCAGGAGUGCCACUGGUGAGGCCUGGCAUGAAAUCAUGCUGUCCUGUCUGAGCAAGCGCACCUGUGACGAACGCUCAGGCACCCACGGAAAGGAGUGCGGCAGCAACUUUGCCUACAUCUACUUUGUCUCCUUCAUUUUCCUCUGCUCAUUCCUGAUGUUAAACCUGUUUGUGGCUGUCAUUAUGGACAAUUUUGAGUACCUGACACGUGACUCCUCCAUCCUGGGCCCUCACCACCUGGAUGAGUUUAUCCGAGUGUGGGCGGAGUACGACCCGGCCGCGUGUGGUCGUAUCAAGUACCUCGAUAUGUAUGAGAUGCUGCUCCACAUGUCCCCACCUUUAGGUUUGGGAAAGAAAUGUCCUCCACGAAUCGCCUACAAGCGGCUGGUGAAAAUGAAUAUGCCCAUUGCAGACAACAACACUGUGCACUUCACCUCCACCCUGAUGGCUCUGAUCCGCACCGCCCUGGAGAUCAAACUGGCAUCAGGCAUGGUGGCCCAGCGUCUAUCAGACGCUGAACUGAAAAAGGAGCUAGCUACAGUCUGGCCAAACCUCUCUCAGAAGACUAUGGACCUGCUGGUCACCCCACAUAAACACAAUGAGCUUACAGUGGGUAAGGUGUAUGCAGCUCUUAUGAUCUUUGAAUAUUACAAGCAGAACAGAGCCAAAAGACUUCAGAUGCAGCAACAGCAGCAGAGAGAACAGGCUGGGCCUGGAUCUCAGAAUAAAGUCAGUGCUCUCUUAGAGCCAAUUCUUCCCCUAACCCACAUGCAAGGUCAGGCCAUGAACAAUGUAGAUUUUCCCUCAGAGUUUCAAGCUCAAACCAGACCAAGCUCCACCACACUCAACAACGGACACACACAUCUUGACAACACAAUUAGAGGAUCUUCAUCCUGGGCCUCAGAGAAGUCCAGAGAGGUCCACAGGUCUAAACGACGGCCAAUCUCAAGAGGUCAAUCAGAGGAAGCCUCAAAUGCAAACAUUGCCCAGGAGUCAGUAGAAAUGAGGACGAUUGAAAACAGUGCCAACACAGCGACUACUGCUGGCCUGGAGAGCCAAGCACGUGCAGUAUCCAUGCCAAAACUCAAUGCAGAGAUGCAGAGGAGUCACUCCCGUCACCCUCCUGGUAUUUUACUGGAACCUAUUCCUGAUUCCCCCAUAAGACGCUCUGCAUCCACUUUUUCACCACAGCGCCCUCAGAAGGUCAAUCUGAAUGACUACAAUCUGGAGAAACCUGUUCACGAACGACAUCACCAUCACCAUCAUCACAGAUGCCAUCAUCGCAGGGACAAAGAUAAGAAACAGAGGUCACUGGACAGGUCACCCACUGGCCAACACAAGACUACAGGCACAGAGGCUGACACCAUUGAGGAGAGGGUGCAUGACCGGGGUCGUUCCCAUAAGAGGAGGCACCAUUCGUCAUCGGCAGAGAAGCAGCGGUAUUACUCCUGUGAUCGCUACGGCAGCCGGGAUCACUGCAACAGCAAGUCUGCCAUGGCUAGCUGUGCCACCUCGCCCAGUGAAACUCAGGAGGCCAAUCUUAACAAGCAGGGCAGUGAGUGGGCUAAGGGGAGCCCAGUGUUGUUGACCUCAGGGGCGAGCACUCCAAGCCGCUGUAGCAGACAGCUGCCUCAGACCCCCCUUAUUCCUCGUCCCUCUGUGGCCUACAGGACUGCCAACUCCUCCCCUGUGCACUUUCUGGGCACUCAGGCUGGUUUGCCUCCCCCGAGUCCCAGCAGGCUGAGCCGUGGUUUGUCUGAGCACAACGCCCUCUUACACAGUGGCUCCAUCUCCAGCUCGCCAGCCCCUAUCAGUCGCAUUAACUCAGAACCCUUCCUGGGGCCCCAAGACCACCCCACUGGCCAGCACUGCUGCCUCCAGCCUGAAGCCUUUGCUGUCUACCAAGAGGAUCUGAGCCCUCAGACAGGACGGUCUCCCAGGACUGUAGGGAUGCCGAUUGUGGCUAUUCCCCCAACUCCGCAACAGCAGUUUCAUGGGUUGCCCAACGGAUACCACUUUACCUUGGGCACCGAUGCCAACAGAGGCAGGGCACGGCAGUACUACCCAGAGACAGAGGAGAAUGACUGGUGCUAGCAUGGCUUUAAGAUAAACAUACCGAUUCUGAUUAUGUUUUUGAUACUUUUGAUGAGUUUUAUCAUCUCUUAUUUUGUUAAAUGCUGUGCUACAUAUGUGUGUGGAUAUGUCAUUAUUUGGGAAUGUCCAGGGGAUUAAAAAUGUCCACAGAUCAGCAGAUGUGAGAUACAAAAGAAGAAUCCUGCCUAACUUUAAAGGGAUAGUUCACCCAGUAAUGAACAUUGUCAUCAUUUACUCACUCUCAUGUUGUUCCAAACCUAUAUGAGUUUCUUCUGUGGAACACAAAAGUAAAUUAGGCAGAAUGUUGGUCUCAGUCACCAAUCACUUUUUGCAACUUUCAUUUCCAUACAUUGAAAGUGAAUGGUGACUGAGGCGUCUCUGAAAUAUCUCCUUUUGUGUUCCACAGAAGAAAGAAAACUGAAUAACAUGAGGUUGAAUAAAUGAUGACACAAGUUUCACUUGUGUUUCACUUGGGGUUUAGCCAUU